GUGAAUAUUCUCUAUUAAAAGUGCGAAUUCUAUCUCUCUCUCUCUCGGAAUUGGUAUGGUAACGUAUCUCAUAAAUUAAGGCCUUUUUCUUAUUUUCGCAGCAGCACAUGUUUUAACUUUGCGUAAUAAUGCAAAAGAGCAAGGAGGGGGAUACUCGUAAAAUUUGAGAGAGAGAGAGAGAGUUGAGUAGCACGAAGCGUUCCUGUUCAAAUGAGAGAGAGGAUUGAGUCGAGGAUGAAGCAGUGCUGUUCAAAUGCAAGAACAAAUCUUGAGCAGUCAUGGUUACUCCACACGCACUUAACGCCUUCUCCUCCCUGCUCAAGAGAUGCACCUCCCUCUCUCAUCUCAACCAAAUCCACGCUGCCAUCUUCAGAACCCAACUCCACAGCAACAACUCCCUUGCAGCCAAGCUCCUCUCUCUCUCCUCUUCUCUCUCUACCAUCCAAUACGCCCACCUCGUCUUCCACUGCGUCCCUCACCCAAAUCUCUCUCUAUGGAACGAGCUCAUCAAAACCCAUGUCAAGAAUUCCCUCCACACCCAAGCUCUCUCUUUCUACGCCGCAAUGACCGCCACCACCCCCCUCAAACCCAACAAUUUCACCUUCCCUUUCCUUCUAAACUCAUGUGCUGCCCUUCUCUCCCUACCCCGUGGUUCAGAAAUCCACGGUCGAAUUGUCAAAACCGGUUUCUCUCUCUACCUUCCUGUCAAGAACGCUCUCAUAGACAUGUAUGCCAAAUGCGGUAAUCUUUUGUUUGCGCGCCUAGCCUUUGACGAAAUGCCUCAAAGAGACAUUGUCUCUUUUAAUGCACUCCUUUCUGCCUAUGCUAGAAACCCGGAAUACGAAAUUUCUGAAGCCUGCCUUCUUUUCGACAAAAUGGCCGAAAGGAACGUAAUCUCUUGGAACUCGAUACUCAUGGGUUUUGUGAGGCGUGAAGACCUUGAGAAAGCACGAAAAGUAUUUGCUGAAAUGCCUGAGAGAAAUGUGGUUUCUUGGACUACAAUGCUAGUGGGGUGCACAAAGGCUGGACAAUUGGCUCUUGCUCGCUCGAUUUUUGAAGAGAUGCCUGAGAGAAACUUGGUUUCUUGGACCGCAAUGAUAACCGGGUAUGCUCAAAAUGGAGAGCCGAGCAAAGCUUUGGCAAUCUUUCGUAGAAUGGUGGCCUCAAGAAUUAGGCCUGAUGAGGUCACUAUGACCGGGGUGAUUUCAUCGUGCGCUCAGUUGGGCGGCUCUGAGCUCGCAAUUUGGGUUAGCUCAUAUGUUGAGGAUAAUGCGAUUCCCUUGAAUUCCCAUGUUCUCACUGCUCUCCUUGAUAUGCAUGCAAAGUGCGGAAAUGUCGACAAGGCUUGUGAGCUCUUCGAUCGAAUGGAUCAAAGAGAUGUAUACUCCUAUAGCGCCUUGAUUGCAGGCCUUGCAUCACAUGGCUAUGGUAAAGAGGCUCUUACAGUAUUCCAAAGGAUGGAGAGAGAAGGCGUUGAGCCCGAUGAUGUAACAUUUGUAGGGGUUUUAAAUGCUUGUAGUCAUGCAGGUCUGAUAGAUGAGGGGCUCCAACUAUGGGAUCGAAUGAUUGAAAUAUACAAAAUUGCUCCUUGUGCCGACCAUUACGCUUGUGUGGUGGAUAUAUUGGGGAGGGCAGGUCGGCUGGAAGAGGCGCACAGCAUGGCUAAGGUGAUGCCAAAUGGGCCUCAUGCUGGUGCGCUGGGGGCGCUACUUGCGUCGUGUAAGACUUAUAGUAACAGCCAGAUUGCCGAGGUGGUUGCCCAGGAGUUAUUUGAGUUGGAGCCGGACAACACUGGGAAUUACAUAUUGCUUUCGAGCAUCUAUGCUUCGAGUGGUCGAUGGUGUGAUGCUGAGAGAGUGCGCCUCGCUAUGAAAGAAAGAAGGAUGAUGAAGACACCUGGUUGUAGUUGGAUUUAGCCGAGGGAAUGCCAUGGUUUAUGAGUUUUGGGUGAGGGGUGCUUUUAUUCACUAUUAAUUCUUUUCCUCCUUGAUACAGAUAUGAUUUUGGAGCAGCACAUAAAAACUGAAAGUAUGAUCGUGAAAAUGGCUUUCGAAGAAAGAGGCCAAGCUGGUCUAUGAGCUGUGCAACAAGAGCGGGUCAAGAGAGAAAAAAUGGGUUUCAAAGAGAGAGACAGAGUUAGAGAAAGGUGGUUUCACUGAGCUUUUAAUUUGUCAAAAACACUGGUCCUCUCUCUUUACAAAUCUCUCUCUCUCUCUCUCAAAUGUGUUUCGUUUUGAUGGUUUCCACCCCUCUAAUCCUGCCUCUCAUGGCUUAAUGAAACCCUAAUUCAUUACCAUUCGCAAGUGAAGAACCCAACAAUUUGCAGAAAUGCAUGGCACCUGUUGCUGUAACCUCUCUUUUCAGUGAAGAAUUUCUUCCUUCUUCAAAUUAGUAGAUUCUCUGUUAAAUCCCUCCACAUCAAACCCAGUUUGGUCUCCAACCAUGAGGACAGAUUCUGUCUCUUGCCUUGUGUUUAUGGAUUCAAUGUAAUUUGGGCUUUUGUGUGUUUGUCUCUCAAUUCUCAAGAGAAUUUGUGCAAUACCUUAUAGUAUAAAUGGCUGAGCUUAAAAAGAGCCAUUGAAGAAGUGAACAAGGUGGUCGUUGUGAA